UUUUGCGUUUAAAUCCCGAAGGCGGUGAUUUGAAGGAUAAUCGUUUUUGAAAUUCAUAUGGAAGUAGAGAAUUUUUUUGGCUGUUAUUUAUUAUGUUCUUUAAAUGAAAAACAUAAAGGAAAAACGUACAUAGGUUUCACCGUUGAUCCAAACAGGCGAAUAAAACAGCAUAAUAAAGGACUGAAAGCUGGUGGGGCAUGGAAAACAAACGACAAAGGACCCUGGGAUAUGGUUCUCAUAGUUCAUGGAUUUCCAAAUGAUGUAUCUGCAUUAAGGUUUGAAUGGGCUUGGCAAAACCCACUGAAAUCCAGGAGACUGCAUCAUGUAAGCAAGAAAGUACCCCAAGAAAAUGCCCUAAAGUACAGAUUCCGUGUUAUGUCUGAAAUGCUGAGAGUUGGCCCAUGGAAUAGACUCCCUCUUACUGUACAGUGGCUGAAUAUAGCUUAUAAGCAGGAUUUUGAUCUUUCAAGACUUCCUCCCUUGCAUAUACCUAUUUGUAUUGGUCCUAUUGAACCACGAAAAGUGAAGAACAAAGAUGAUGAUCAAGGAGAAGAUAUUUCUCUGAAAUUUUGUUAUUUGUGCGAUAAAAUAAUCACAAAAGAUGAUAAAAAGUUUGUAUGUUUCAGCAGAAACUGUGCGGAAAUAUUUCAUGUAUUAUGCUUAGGACGUCAUUUUAUCUCAUCAAAUGAAGACCCAAACUUCCUUCUGCCUAUUGAAAUUUCAUGUCCCAAAUGCAAUGUUCGAAUACUGUGGGGCAAUGUCAUACGUUAUGCUUCUGGUUGCUUUCGUGAAUCACCAGGUAUUUCUUGUGAUGUUCAAACAUGUACUAAUGAAAACACAGUGUAAAAAAUACUUUUGAAGCUUAUCUUUCUCCUCAAAAUGUAGAUGUUAUUAUAUAGGACAAUUAUCUGUAUUAUCAGACUUUAUUUUAACAUUAAAAAAAAAUUACUGAAUGUACCAGUAUGCAAAAUUUA